CUAGCCAAAUUCCACUAAGAAACAGCAACCGAACACUCCAAAAACAAAUGCUUCAAAGUCUAUGAAUCCGCUCAUCAUACACUCUCUGUAUGUCCUAGCCUACCUCAAUGGGCUAAAUUGCAAGUUUGGUCACUCGAAUUGCUACAAAAUUUCACGUUUGGUCACUCGAAUUUGUUUAUUCCAUUCGUAGUAACUUAAAUUAGUUGAAUAGUCCAAGUUUGGUCACUCUCCGUUAACCUCCGUCAGACUCCGUUAGUGCCGUCGGUUAACUGCUGACGUGGCUAACAGAGAUGCCUAGUCACCCAAUUUUAACCCAAGAAAAAACAGAAAUUGACCCGCCACGUCAGAAAAACAUGCCACCUCAUAUAAACACAACCCAACCUAAAAAAAUCAUUAACCCACCUAGAAAUCGAACCCGUGACCCAUCCACCCUUCUUCUUCUUCCUCUAUACCCUACUUCCGCCGCCGCCGGGGAACCAAAAAAGCCGGUUCUUCGCCAUGGUAAAACAGAGGAAUUCCCCAAGAAAGACGUGAAGCCGAGCAGGUGGUUGGGAAUUAAUGGCGUUACGCCUAUUAUCGCCAACGUCUUCCAUCACAACAAUCACCUCCCUCAACGCCAUCCUGAAACUCGCCCCUCACUCCUCAUCUCUAUCUCGUCACAAUUACAAAUGCCAAACUCCACGAAAUGGAAGAGGAUUCAUCAACUGCAAGGCCGUCCCUGGAGAGUUGAAGACUCCGACGUCCGAGAGGUCGUGUUGUACAGGGCGGGACUAGUGACGGCAGCUACGUCGUUCGUGGCUGCUGCAUCGACGACGUUUCUGCCGGGCGAUUCUUCUCUGUUGAGCUCAGCAAUCGAACAAAACCUCGACGUUCUUAACAGCGUGGGAGCUGGUAGGCUGGGAAGCAGGGUAUAAAGGAAGAAGAAGAAGAAGGGUGGAUGGGUCACGGGUUCGAUUUCUGUGUGGGUUAAUGGUUUUUUUUUAGGUUGGGUGGGUUGGGUUGUGUUUAUAUGAGGUGGCAGGUCAAUUUCUGUUUUUUCUUGGGUUAAAAUUGGGUGACUAGGCAUCUCUGUUAGCCACGUCAGCAGUUAACUGACGACACUAAUGGAGUCUGACGGAGGUUAACGGAGAGUGACCGAACUUGGACUAUUCAACUAAUUUAAGUGACUAUGAAUGGAAUAAACGAAUUCGAGUGACCAAACGUGAAAUUUUGUAGCAAUUCGAGUGACCAAACUUACAAUUUAGCCUACCUCAAUGACAAAACACUGAAAGUCUUUCAUAAACCAGACUAACCCAAGACACCCACUAAAGCAUUACUUGCAAACAACUGGGAUCUUAGAGGUUACAGAACAUUCAAUUAGCAUGCGUCUUCACAAAUGGCCUUGCUCCCCACGGAACCCAAACAAACUUGGAUCUAUAACUUCCCCAUUUUUUGCUUCUGCCACCCGACGUCCGAAAGUAGUAGUUCUACAAUGUGAGGGAAUUCCCUACAAUUAGAUCCAGAAUGACACUCGAAUAAAGGACUUCACCAGCUUCGGCAUCACCAGUGCCCAUGACUGCAGGUGAAGAACUCUUUCUUUUCACAUUCCAUGGAUUACAAUGGAGAGCCGUCCGGUCUCCCUAUCAUUUUCAUCAGCAAAAUGGAACUGAAUGAGUCCCCAUUUCAUUUUCAGCACCGUGAUUUGGCAUGCACAAUUCCAUGCCCCCACCUAUCGCUUUGUGAGUUACCCCAAAGCUUGGAGGGUUACUUGAGGCUGCUCAAACGUCACGUCGACGUCCACAACUGCAGGUCUGCAGCAACAGCUCGCAACUCCCGAUGUACCUUUGCUUACUGCAUGCGGACUUGGCCUUUUUUUGCAAAUAUUUUAAAAAAACGACUUAAAAACGAAGAAGAUACCAUAUGGUAUGGAGUUGGUACCGAGAAGUAUGAAAAAUUUUCCUAAAAAAUUAUUGAAAAUAAAUUUCAUUUAACGAACUGGUUCAUGUAUAAAAAAAAAAUUUAAAUCCAAGUUAGAAUGAAAAAAUAAGAGUCUA